AUGACUACGUUUCAGUCGAGCCCCACAUACUCGCCAGUAAAUGAUUCGGCGCAGAUUGUGGCUCAACUUUAUCAGGAACGAAAGAAAAGCUUUAUUAAAUCACUUCAAGAUUCAAUCAAAUCAAUUUCUUCCGAUUUAAUCGUUCGUCAGUUAUUACAAGAGCAAAUAUCGAGCAAUUAUCUAUCUCAGAGGAUCGAUGAGCUUAUCAGUAAGAUGCUAAACGAUGGAAGAGAGCAAUUUAUUGAUACGUUAAUUCAAAAAAUCAAUAAAUAUGAAGCGAUUUUUAAUGAUGAGCGCACUGAACUACUUCGUGUUAUGGGUGAUAGAGUCCUUUCCUUCGCAGACUCUCAAAUCACCACAUCUGCUGAUAGAUUGCGUGUUAUUCAUUCGUUAACUGAACAGUUAAAGUCAUUACAGGAUGAAAACUCACAAUUACGUGUUAACUCAAUCUCAUCUACUUCGAUUUUGCAAAAAUCUGAAAUUUCAAGACCUCAAAAAACAAUUCAAGAUUUCAACUCACCAACAUUCCUUCAUAUCUUUGCACAAGUCGAUGUUUCUGACUUAGAUAGAAAAUUAAAGGCUUUACAGACCGAUUCAAAGACAGCUUCGAAAUUAGUGAAUUCGUUACAGAAGUCUUUCAAGCAAUAUACAACACAAAUGAAAUCAAAGAUGAUCGAAAUCGCUACGCAAUGCAAAGAUCGUGUUGAUUCCGUUGAGAGAAGGCUUAAACAAGAAUUAGAACGUAAUUCUCAAUUAAAGCAUCGAUAUGAUGACGAAACAAUACCAUCUCUCAUGGCCAAUCACGAAGAAACUGAAACACAGUUACGUGAUGAGCUCAAUCAGUCAAUGCGUGAAUCUGAUCGUAUAAAGAGAGAUUUACUUGACCGGGAAAACGCAAUUAAGACUCUUAAACGUCAGCAAAGACAAUUAUUCUCAGUUUGCGAAUCUCUUAAGAACCAAAAUACGAAGAUGGAAGAAGAAUUAUCUCAAUUACGCUCAGAAACAGCAAUGAAUGCUUCCGCACUAUCAACAUCAUCAGUUAAAUAUGAUGAGGCAAUGAACGAAGCCAAGAGAGCAAACGAAGAAAUAAAUCAGCUCCAAGGUGUCCUAAACAUCGCCAAAAACAAAGUGAAGAAAGCAACGCAAAGAGCAGAUGCAGCUGAGAAAGAACUUGCUCAAUUAAAGAGAAACGAAGAGGAGAUGCAGCAGUCAAUAGCAGAUUUAACAACUUCAAAUGGAGAAAAAGAAAGUAAACUCAAAGAUUUAAGAGAAGCGAACAAACAACUGAAGAAUAAAUGUAUCCAACAGAACGAACAGAUCAAUGAAUUGCAGCACGAAUUGGAUACAAUCAAAGCAGAGAAUGAGUCAAUGCAGAAGAAGCUAAAUGCUGCUCAAAUCGAAGCAAAGAAUCUUCAACAAUCAUUGACAAAUGCUUUUGAUGAAAAAUCUGUUUUAGAAGAGAAAGCGGAUUCUUUGGGAACAACAGCCAAAGAAUACGAAAAACUCAAACAGAUUUUGAAUGAUCUGAAACAAAAGAAAGAAAAGGCUGAAGGACAAAUAACUGAUCUCGAACAGAAACUCGAGAAAUCUGAAGAAGAAAAGACAGCUCUUGAUAAAACAGUCAAAGAACAAGGCAAUCAAAUACAAAGAGAACAAGCUCAAAUCAAACAAUUGAUUGGAGAAAAUGAUGAAAUGCAGAAUUUGAUUGAAGAGAAAAUCAAUGAUAACAAGAAACUUGAAACACAAUUAAAGAAUUUGCAACAACAAUUGGAUCAGUUAUCAAAUGAAAAAGCAGAGUUACAAUCGAAUACAACAAUAUUACAAGCAUCUUUAGAUGAUAAGAACCAAAAGAUUUCUCAGCUAAAGAGUGAUAUACAAGAAAAAGAUGCAAAAGCAUUCGAUGUUCAAUCAGAACAAGAAGAAAUGAACGCCAAACUUGCAAAUCUCGAGAAAAUCAAUGAUAAACACAAGAAGAAGAUUGAGGAUCUCAAGAAACAACUCGGAGACAGUUCUGCAACAAUUGUCAAAGUUGAAAACGAAAAGAAUGAUUUGAAUGAAGAACUCGGCAGACUAAAGAAAGCCUUGGAAUCACUCAAACAAGAAUCACAAGGUUACCAAGAUGCAAACAAGAAACUCAUUGAAGAAAACGAACAACUCGAGAACCAAAUCAAAGACAAAGAUGGAAACAUCGAUAAAUUAUCAAGACAAAUUCAGAAUCAUACAAACAGAAUUUCUGAAAAUGAAUCACAAUUAGGAGAAGUCCAAUCUCAGUUGGAUGAUGCUGCAAUGACUGUUCACAGCCAAGACCAAAAGAUCCAACAAUUGCAAAGACAAUUGGCACAGUUAACAACUCAAAAACAAGUCAGCGAUGACAGAAUCAAAGAAUUGGAAAGACAAAACCAAGGAAUCGCUAGAAAACUGGCCAAUGCAAAAGAUGAAUUACAAACAGCUUUGCAUAACAAUGCAGAGAAUGAAGAUAAGAUACAAUCACAACAAAGAGAAUUAGAUAUAUUACAUAAAGAAGGAGAAUCCCUUCAAAAGAGGAAUCAACAAACAAUCGAUGAUUUAACAAAUCAACUCAAUAAGACUAAAGAAGAAUUAAGACAAACAGAACAACAAUUAAGAGAACUCCAAAAGAUGAAAGAAAACAAUGAUGAUAAAAUGCAAACAGCAAUCACUGAUUUGGGUUCAGAACUUGAUAGAACUAAAGCUAAAUUACAGGCAACGUCAAGACAAUUAGAGCAACAAACGAAGCAAGCUCAACAAGAUAAAGAAGCUUCUGAUUCUCAAAUUGAAAAUCAAAAACAAGAAAUUGAAAAAUUGAAUCAAACCGUAAAUGAUUUGACCAAUCAAAUCAAUCAAACUAAUCAAUCUCUUCAAAAUUCAGCCAAUCUCUAUGAAGAACAAGUUGAACAGCUCCAGAAUGACUUGAACAACAGAAACAAAGAAAAUGAUCAACUUCAGAAGCAAACACAACAACUCAAAGAUGAUUUAAUUGGUAAAAUCGAACAAUUACAAGGAGAUCUUGAUGCUGCAAACAACAAAUUAAAGGAUACUACACAGCAGAAAGGAGAUUUAGAGAAACAAAUGAAUGAAGAGAAACAGAAACUCAAUGAUAAAAUCAAUAACUUGGAUCAACAACUUCAAAAUACACAAAGAGAAGCUCAACAACAAGCCAAGAAAUUAUCAAAUGAAAAUGAACAGCUCAAAGCAGAUUUGGAUUCAGCAAAGAAAGAUAUCGAAAGAUAUGAACAAAGGAAUAAAGAUUUGUUGCAAGCUAAAGGCCAAAGUGAACAAGAUUACAUCAGAAAACAAAUAGAUCUCGAAGACCAAAUCGAAUCAUUACAGAAAGAAAAUGCAAAUUACAAACAACAAAACGAAGGUUUAUCAAAGAAACUCGAAAAGGCAAGUUCAGAAUCAGAAUCUCACAUUCAACAGUUGGUUAAUGAAUUGCAAUCAUUGACUGCUAAACUUAAAGAAAUGUCUCAACAAAAGAAUGCAAAUGAAGCUAAAGCCGAGAGACAAAUCAAUGAAAUGGAAGCAGAAAUCGAUGAACUGAAGAAAGACAUCGAUAUUCUCAAGACUAAACAUGAUGCUUUGAAGAAGAAACAUAAGAAUUCUAAUGAUGAACAUGCUGAACAAUUAUCACAAUUGAGAUUAGAAAAAGAUGAUCUCGAGAAGAAACUCAAAGAAAUUACUCAGCAAAAGCAAAUUGCUGAGCAGCAAGCAACAUCACAAAUUGCUUCUCUUAAUGACCAAGUCAUGCAAUUGCAAGGAAAACUUGAUAAUCUAAGUAAACAAUUAGAAGCUUCUCAGAAGAAAUUGUCACAAACAACUUCAGAAUUGGGUGGUGAAUUAGAACAAACCAAAGAAAACAAUGCAAACUUAGAACAAAAGAUGAAAGAUUUGCAGAACCAAAAUGCAAAGAAUGCUCAAGCAUUGAACGAUGAAAAGGACCAAAUCCAAGGCAAAUUGAAUGAAACAAUGAAAGAAUUGGAUAACGUCAAACAGCAAAAUGAUUCUCUUAAUAAGAAAUAUGAUACAGAUGUUGAGAAUCUCAAGAACGAAUUAGAAGCAACUAAAGCUCUUAAUGGACAAAAUGAACAAAAACUCAAAGAUGCAAAUGCUCAAAAGACAGCAGCAGAACAGAAAUUAGUUCAGUUACAGCAACAAUACGAAGAUCAGACAGCACAACUCAAGCAAGAACUAGAAAACAACAAAAGAGAUAAUGAUACAAAUGCAAAGAAACAAGCAACAUUACAGAAAGACUUAGAAAAUCAACUAAAGAAUGCUAAUGAUGAAAUCGAAACUCUUGAGCAAAGGAAUAAAGAUUUGACUGCUCAGAAACAGAACAAUGAUAAUAAGAAUGCUUCAAGAAUCAAUGAAUUAGAAGAUGAAGUUGAAAAACUUACAAAAGAUUGCGAAACAUUGAAGAUAAAGAAUGGAUCAUUGAAGAAGAAAUUACAAGCAGCUUCUCAGGAUAACAUGAAUAAAGAUGAAGCAAUGAAACAAUUAAGAGAUGAAAACGAACAGAAGAUGAAAGAAAUGAACAAACAAAACAAACAGAAAGAACAAGAAACAAAUGCUGAAUUCCAGAAUCUUCAUGAUCAAAUUGAACAAUUACAAAAACAAUUGGCUCAAUCACAAAGAGAAAAUGAUACUCUCAACAAGAGAAUCAAUAAUUUGCAAGGUGAUAAGGCAACACAAGAUAAAGAAUACGCUGAAGAAUUAGAGAAAUUAGAAAAUCAGUUGAAGCAACUUCAGCAACAGAAACAACAAACAGAACAAGAAUUAUCUAAGCAGAAAGAACAAAAUGCUCAAGAUUUGCAAAAAGCACAAGAACAAAUGGAUGAAAUGCAAAAGCAAAAUGAUGCAAAUGAUAAGAAGAAUCAAGCACAAGCCAAAGCUCUUGAAGAAGAAUUAGAACAAGCUAAACAACAAUUAAAGAAUCAAGAACAAAAGAUCAAUGAUCUCAACGCUCAAAAGACUCAAGUUGAACAAAAGGCUGCUCAAAACAACACUGAUAUGAGCAAUGCUUUGGAAAAGUCGAAGAAUGAUGUCGAAGCUGCUAAACGUGAGAAUGAUUUGUUGCAGAAGAAAUUGGCACAGAUCACAUCAGAUUUACAGAAACAAAUUGAUGCUUUAGAAGAAGAAAACGGAGAUCUCAAGGAAGAAGCUAAUAAAGCAAAUGCUGAUUGUGCAAAGGCUAAAGAACAAUUGAACAAAGCAAUUGCUGAUACAAAGAAACAAUUAGCAGAUAAAGAACAGACCCAUGAAGAAUUGUUGAAGAAUUCUAAUGAAGAGAAACAAGGAAUCAAGAAGAAAUUGAAUGAAACAGCCAAUGAUUUGGCCAAAACUAAGGAACAAUUACAGCAAAUGGCUGAAGAAAAGGAUAAAACACAAUCCAAGCUUGAUGCUGAAGAAGGAAAGAGAAAGAAUGCUGAAAAUCAGCUUAAAUUACUUUCACAACAAAACUCUGAUCUCAAGGAUCUCAUUGAACAAGCAAUGCAUGCUAUAGGAGCAACAAACAAUGAUGAUUUGCUCAAGGCAAUUCAGAAUAAUGCAAGUGCUCAAUCAACAUUAGACAAAGCAUGCAGAAACAUAGGUGUAUCUCAAGCAGAACUUCCUCAAACAUUAACAAACAUUGCUAAUGAAAGGAAGCAUAUGAUGAGUACAUUGCAAGUUCCAGAAAAAGGCGGAGACAUUGCUUCUAAAGUUGAUUCCCUCGCUAAUCAAUACAAGGAGAACUUAGAAGAAUUAAAUAAUCUCAAGGCAUAUAACAAGAAGUUUGGAAAGGCAUUCAACUUCGAGUUCAAUCCAAACGAAACAACAUUAAAGAAUGCUGUUAAACAAGGAAAUCAAGCUCAUGAAGACAGGGUUUGUGCUCAAGAAAUCGUUGGAAGAGCCCAGAAAUUAGGAUACAUUGGUGAUAAUCCAAUUGAAGCCUCCGAAUACAUCACAAAUACUGUUAAGAAACAACUUGGUGAUGAAUUAGACAGAGCUAAGAAUGACAACAAUGCUAAACAAGCACAGAUCAAAGGAAUGCAGGAUAAGAUCGAUGAAUUAUCAGAGAAACUUGAUACAGCAACAAAGACAAGCGAUGAUAAAGACAAGGAUUAUGCUGCAAAGAUGAAGGCUGCAGAGAAACAAAUCAAAGAACUUCAAGCCAAAGCUGAUGACAUUGCUAAAGAGUUUACUGAUGAAGCUGAAUCAAAGAAUCAACUCGAAGGAAAACUCAAGGCAAUUAUUGGAGCUCUUGGUGUUUCUGAUCCAGAUACAGGACUCCAAGCAGCACAAAUGUCAUUCCAGAAGGCAAAGGAGUUCGAUGAAAACCUUGCAAUCAUCAAGGUCGAUGAAGACCAGGCUGUCGACACAGUGGCAAAUCUUAACAACAAAGGACAAGUUCUCUCCCAAAUUCAAGAUAUGAUCAGCACUCCUAAUUCAGAUAAAGUUGUUCCAGCAAUCAAGAAACUUGUUGACGAACGCAACAAAGUUGAGCAAUUCCUUGAAACAAAUGGAGCUGUUCCUCUUCCUGAAGCAGUUGAAGAUGUUGUAAUGAAUGAGAAGAAGCUACAAUUCGAACUUGAAAAUGCUCAAAACAUCAUUAAGAAGUUCUAUGAUGCAAACGGAAUGAUUAUGCCUCAACCAGGUGCUUCUCCAACAAAGAAGUCACAAAUCUUCAAAGAUAUUGAGAAACAACGUGAACAAGCACAAGAAAACAGAGACGCAAUUAUUGAUGUACUUGAACAAGCUCAUAAACUUGGAUAUGGUGCAUCAUCAUUAGACGAAGCUGUUGAAGCAAUUAAGAAUGCUGUUCAAAAGGACGAAAAGAAGAAACAAGAUGCCCUUCAGCAGCAAUUCAGCCAAGAAAAAGAUGCUUUACUUGAUGAAAUUGAAGAAUUACAAUCACAAAAUGCUAAACUCGCUGAUGAAAAUGCACAACAGCAGAAGUUACUCAAUGAUCAAGAAAAGGCUUUGGCUGAUGCUGAUGAAGAAAUCAGUGAGCUCCAAAACAAGGCAGAAAAUCAAUCUUCUAACAUUGCAAGCAAGAACAAAGAGAAUGAAGCAAUUGCCAAGAAAUUAGAAGACAUUAAAGCUGAAUUACAGAACGAAAAGAAGGAACAUGAAGCUGAUAAAGCAGCUGCUGAUAAGAAACUAAAGGAUCUUCAGCAACAAAAGGCUCAACAAGAACAAGACUUUGCUGAAGAAAAGGCAGAUCUUGAAGAACAAAUCCAGAAUUUGACAAAGCAAAAUGAAAAUGCAAAGAAGGAUAAUGAUGCUUUAGCAGGAAAAUUAGCUGCAACUGAAGAAGAACUCAAACAAACGAUUGCUAAAGAUAAUGAAGAAAUCGAGAACGCAAAGAAGACAAUUAACGACCUUGGCAAACAAGCGAAACAGAAAGAUAAAGAAGCAGCAUCAACUGUUACUGAUCUUGAAGAUAAGAUUGAAGAUCUCCAGAACAAUCUCAACCAAUCACAAAGAGAUAAUGAUAAUCUUAACAAGAAAGUUGCUGCUCUUCAAGAAGAACAAAAUCAAAAGGAUCAGCAAUAUGAAGCUGAACUUGAGAAACUCCAGAACCAGCUCAAACAAUUACAGCAGCAAAAAGCACAGCAAGAACAAGAUAACAACAAACUCAAUGACGAAAAGGACGAAGAAAUUCAACAGCUCAAUAAAGAAAUUGAAGAAAUGCAGAGAGCAAAUGAUCAAAAGAUUCGUGAAAUGAACAAGCAAGCCAAGCAAAAGGAUGACGACAACAAUAACCAGAUCAUGAACUUGAAUGAUCAAAUCGAAGCAUUAAAGAAGAACUUGAGCCAAGCACAGAAAGAUAACGAAGGUUUGAAUAAGAAACUUGCUGAGAAAGAAGAAGAAUUAUCAAAUGUCAUUGCCAAAGAUAACGAUGAAAUUGAAAAUGCAAAGAAACAAAUCAACGAUCUCAACAAGCAGAACAAACAAAAGGAGAAAGAUUCGAAUUCUCAAAUCGAAGAACUCAAGGAUCAAAUUGAUGUUCUUGAAAACACUUUGGCACAAGUCCAACGCGAUCUCGAGACAACACAAAAGAAAUUGGCUGACAAAGAAGCAGAACUUGCUGAAACAAUUGCUAAAGGAAAUGCAGAACAAGAUCAACUCAAUAACCAGUUGAAUGAACUCAACAAACAAGGAAAACAGAAAGACAAAGAAAAUGCUGCAGCAAUGUCACAAGCUAAAGAACAAAUUGAACAAUUGCAAGCUGCAUUGAACCAAGCCCAAAAAGACAAUGAUAAUGCAAACAAGAAAUUGCAAGCCAAAGAUGAAGAACUUAACCAAACAAUUGCUAAGGAUAACGAUGAACUUGAGAAGCAGAGGAAACAGUACAAUGACUUGAAUAAGCAGAAGCAACAGAAGGAUAAAGAAAACGCUGAUCAAAUCCAAAAUCUUCAGGAUCAAAUUGCCAAACUUCAAAAGCAAGGUGCACAAUUACUGAAAGACAACGAAAACCUUGGCAAGAAGUUGAAUGAAAAAGAAGAAGAACUCAAGCAAACAGUUGCUAAAGAUACUGAAGAAAUGGAGAAACAAAAGAAGACAAUCAGCGAUCUUAACAAGCAAUCGAAACAGAAAGAUCGUGAAAAUGGAAACCAAGUCAUGGAUCUCCAAGAACAAAUUGAAGAUCUACAGAAGUCCCUUGCUCAAGCACAGCGUGACAACGAAGUUCUUGGAAAGAAGAUCGGAAAUCUUCAGAACGAACAAGAACAAGAAAAUCAAGAACAUAAAGAUGCAAUUGAAAACCUUGAGAACCAAAUCAAGGCCCUCAAUCAGCAGAAGAACCAAGUUGAACAAGAAAAGAACAAGCAGAAAGAACAACAAGACGAUGAAAUUGAGCAACUCAAACAACAAAUCGAAGACCUCCAGAAACAGGCUGAAAUCAAUGACAAGAAACAUCAGCAACAAGUUGCAUCACUUAAUGGAGAUGUUGCAGGAUUGCAAGAGAAAUUGGAAGCAAUGACACAACAGAAGAACGAUGCAGAACAUAAAGCAGCUCAAACUAAAGAAGACCUUGAUAAAGUUAACCAAGAAAACGAAGCAAACAAACAAGAAAAGGAUCAAUUACAGAAGAAAUUGAACCAAACUGCAGGAGAUCUUCAAAAGAGAGUUAAAGAACUACAAGAAGAAAACGAAACUCUUCAUGAAGAAGCAGUGAAGAACAAUGAACAGCUUCAGAGAGCUCUUUCUGAUGUCAAGAAGCAACUUAAGGAGAAAGAAAGAGAACAUGAUAACCUUUCAAGGAUUUCUGGUGAUGAAUUGAAUGACUUGAAACGCGAAAAUGAAGGACUUAAGGAACAACUUGCCAAAGUAACAGAAGACAAGAAAGAAGCAGAAAGACAACUAGCACAGACAAACAACGAGAAGAAGGAUCUCGAAGAGAAAUUCCAGAAACUAGCCGAUGACAAGAAAGAUGUUGAUGACAAACUUGCUAAAACAGAGAAGGAAUUGGCUAAAGUCAAUGACGAAAAGAAAGAAGCAGAAGGAAAACUUGAAGAGCUUGGAAAGAAGGAUAAAUUAGUUUCUGAUCUUGAUGGACAACUUGCUCGUGUUAAAUCACAGGCACAAGCCGCACAAGAUGAGCAAGCACAAACAAGAGACAAGCUCAAGGAAACUGAAGCAAACUUGGCUCAAGCUCAAUCCCAAGUUAACAAUCUUCAAAUCUUUAUUGACAAACUAUGUGCCGCAUUGUCUUGCAAGCAAGUUCAAGCAAUUCAGACAGCUUCAAAUCUCAAACUAUUAAGAGAUUCAUUGGUUAAAGUAUUUGGAGAAAUGACAAUUGAAGAUUUGAUUGUUGCUUUCAAUAGUUACAACGAUUCUCGCAACCAAGUCCAAGUAGAACUUACUUCUUUGAGAGACUUCGUUGCAAAGAUCAUUUCUACAAUUACAAAUGGUGCUGCCCGCGUCACAUUCCCAAUGGCCACAGAAAUCCAGCAAAGAGUUAUUCAAAUUGUGGAGAAGAGUUCUAUUCUCGCACGGAAUGAUAGAAAAUCAGUUUCAGAAGUCUUGCAACGCGCAGGAACUGUUGGAUAUCAAGGCAAUGACUUGAAUGAAGCUGUUGAUGUAAUUGCUGACUAUGCUGCUCGAAUUCAAGCUCAAGAGAAGCUUCUUGAAAUCAGAGAAGAAAUCGAUCAGACUCGAAAGAUGCUUGAAAAAGAAGUUGAAAGUCGCAGUCAAGAUAACGCAGCAUCAAAGAAGAAACUCGAAGAAGCUCAUCAAAGAUAUGCUGAAGCUAAGGCUGCUGCAAGACAAAAAGAAGAAGAAAAUGCUUCUCAGAUUCAAUCUUUGGAAGCAAAUAUUCGAGAACUUGAGGACAAACUUCGUGUAGAAAAGCAACUGAGAGAAGAGAUCACUCGUAUCGGACAAGGAAAGACGGCCGAUAUGAGGUUGAUCAAAGCCAAGCUUAGUGACCAAGAAUUUGCAACAAUUGAACUUAUCAAUAACCUCAUGGCGAAGGAGAGGGAAAGUUCAAGAUUGAUGGCAAACUUGCGAAAAGCUAGAGAGGAAAAGCUUGGAAAGUAA